AUGCGUGCGAACCACGUCCUAAGCCAUCGCGUGCCGCAUCGUCUGGUCGUUUGGGGCCAGGUGGAGGCGCAGAGGCGGGCGAAGAAAGCGGCCCAGACCGCCGCGGACUGCGCCCUCCGCGACCUGUCGACCGCAAGGAGACUGAUAUCGGGCUUCGAGGAGGAAAAGUCGAGAAUCUCGGGCAACGCGGCCGCCCUGAACGCCCGCCUGUCGACGAUUACCGAGGAGGCGUCUGCGGCGAAGGCCGGCCUGCGGCUUCUCGUGAGGGCCUGCUUGCCGCUGCUAGAGCGCUGCCGCCUGCUGGCGGAGCACAAGCGGCUGCUGGCGAAGUGGCACGGCUCUUCGGCAGCGGCGGCGGCAGAUGCGGCGGCGGCGGCGGCGAGAAGAGGAGGCGGCGACGUGUUAGGCGCGGCGGCACGACGACCAGGAGCGGGAGGUCGGGGGGGUGGGGUUGGGGGGGACGCAACAUCGGCGGAAGCGGCAGCAGCAGCAGCAGCGGCUGGUUCCCAGCAGCCGACCACGGUGCUGAUGAUCGACGGACUGAGGUCUUUGGUCGACGCGCUCAGACAGGACGGCGACGAAGAGGAAGGUCAGGCCGGGGGAGGGCUCGGGUCCAAUAACGGGCGAGGGGGCUCCCCCGCGCCGGCUUCGCGUACGCACGGCACUCCGCGGAGGCCGGGGUCAUGCGAAGGCGGUGGCGGUUGCGGUGAGGUCGGAGACAUGGCAGGGAACGUUCAUUACCACCAGAACCACGACAAGCGGCAGCAGCGGCGGCCUCUUGUGUCCCUUCGCGCGACCUGCAUCGCCGCCGUGGCCGUUCAGCGACUGGUGCGGCUGGCCGCGUGCCGAGCGUCGCGGAGAGAGGCUGCGCGGGCGGCGGCGGCAGCAACCUCCGACAGCAGUCAACCCGACCCGCCACGGCCACCAACAGCAGCAGGUGGUCGCCCGAGUCCAUCGCCACACGGGGACGCCGGCAUCCGUGAGGACAUCAUCCCGCUGGGGCCGCGGGGGUCAGGCGGCGGCAGCAGCGGCGGCGGCGUGCCCAUGCUCCUCGAUACCCAGGUCGUCUCGCCCGCCUCGAUGUCGCUCGCGUUGAUGUCCCUCCUCGCUGACCUCAGCAAGGACGGUACCGGGGACCCGAGUCAGGCAGGCUGCGUGGCUUGCCGAAGUGACGGUGGUGGCGGCGGCGGUGGUGGCAGCGGCGAUGGAGAGCGGUGUAUGGGGCUCCUGGGCGCGCUGGUCGUCGUUGACGCCGGAAACGUCUCCUCCGCCAGCAGCGGCGGCAGCGGCGCCGCCGCCGCCGCCGCAGGAGAAUGGUUCACAAGAGGAGACAAAGGGACGGCGGUGGUGACGGGUGCGGCGAGAGACGCCGCUGGCCGGACGUCGUUACUGCAGGUGCUUGCGGGAGGGCAGGUCGGCCACUGGCGGCGAGUUGAGAAGCGAGGCUUAGUUCCUUGGGCUGGUAGCGGCGGUGGUAGCGGGAGCGAUCCCCGCCUGCUGGGUGGUGCGUCUCGAGUGGUGGCUAGCCGAUGCGCAAGGCAUCACGGACCAGAGGUUUGGAAGGCUCGGCAGGAGCGCGCCGCGGCCGAGGAGGCAUGUUCGCUCUUGGGGGCCACGCGGAGGGGAACGGCCGCGCUCGCGCGACUGGCCGGGGAGGCCGAGCGCCGGUUGCUGGAGAGCGAGGCUGGCAGGCUGCAGGCGAAGGCAGAGAUAUUCUCCAGCCGCAAUGCCGCGAAGGUCGCCGUAGCCGCUGAGCUUGCUGCCACCGGCCGUUCCAUGAAGAAUGGAAAGGGUGCCGGCAGUCGGCAAAUUCACCUGGUGUGCAAGACUUGCACAAGUUGGGUUGUAAGGGGCUGCCAACAGAAGGGCGGUGAUUUCAAGAUCACCAAGGUAGAGGGCUUGCACGUCGACUGUGCUGGGGGCGGGCGGACGAGCUCCGCGGUCGUACAACCCCUGGUGGACCAGUUGGUUAGGGCCAACCCCAAGAUCGCCGGUCCCGCGAUCAAGAGGACCCUGAAGGCCAUGGGAUUUUCCGUCUCCGACCGGCAAUCUCAACGCGCGAAGANGUGCAAGACUUGCACAAGUUGGGUUGUAAGGGGCUGCCAACAGAAGGGCGGUGAUUUCAAGAUCACCAAGGUAGAGGGCUUGCACGUCGACUGUGCUGGGGGCGGGCGGACGAGCUCCGCAGUCGUACAACCCCUGGUGGACCAGUUGGUGAGGGCCAACCCCAAGAUCGCCGGUACCGCGAUCAAGAGAACCCUAAAGACCGUGNGCCAUGGGAUUUUCCGUCUCCGACCGGCAAUCUCAACGCGCGAAGAAGCACAUCGCGACCGCUUCUAAGGAGGAUGAAGCGGCUGUCAUUUCGCGUCUUCCAUCCCUUUUCGAAGGGAUCGAGCGCGAUUGCCCGAAUUCGGUUGCCACCGUCGAGGUUGCCCUCGCUUCUUACUCGUCUCC